UUCCAUUCUUUUAGCUUUUUGACUUCCCAAGCAAUUCCUGUAUUGCUUCUCUUCCCAUUCUCCUCUUCUUCAAAUUCCCACGCCAAUUUUUACUCCAUUCCUUCCUUUUCUUGUCCUCUCCUAUGCCUUUUUGAUCCUUCCUUUACAUAAUCCGACCCUUUUUGAUUCCUCUCUUCUUUGUUCGUGGGAAGUUAUGAUUUUGCCGAGAGCUGUUCGGGAGGCAACGGCGGCCGGGGUUGGACCCGGAAAGUCUCAUCGGAAACAAUUCUGGUUUGUGCUUUUGGUGUCUCUCCCUGUGUGGUGGCUGUUGAUUUAUUUGAAUUCAUCGGGUCUGUUGGGCAGAAACUACGAGCUUGUUUCUGUGGUUAAUAGCUACGCCAUUUCAGUGGAUUCUAGAGAAAAUUUCGAUCAUCUUCACGUCGCUCGCGAAGGUUACAAUAAUGAAACUAGAACUCAUGUCUUGCGCUCUACUGAGUAUCUCGGCGUGGUGGAAGAGGAUUUUCCGGUGGCUGUUCGGGAAAUAAAUGUUACAGAAAGCGAGAAAGGAUCCAUUAACAAUGGAACUGAAAAUGGGGAAACCAGUUUUCCGGAGGAUGAAGAUCACGAUAAUCAAAUAAUACCUGAAGAGGAUUCAACAAAGAAAGACGAGGGGCAUUCUGUGAAUGGGACGGAGCAAGUUGAUUCGAUUUCCAAUUUGAAAAACAGAACCGCCAAACAGAGUAGCAGUGAAAAUGGAGGACAGAGGAUUGAAUCCCAAAUCGAUCCAUGCUUGGGGCGGUACAUCUACGUUCAUGAUCUUCCUCCUCGUUUCAACAGAGACAUACUCGAGGACUGCCGGUCUCUGAACAAAUGGUCGAACAUGUGCAAAUACGUCUCCAACAUGGGUCUUGGCCCCAAAAUUGCGAAUUCCGAAAGAGCUUUCUCCAACACCGGCUGGUUCGCAACCCAUCAAUUUUCUCUGGAACUCAUCUUCCACAACAGGAUGAAACAGUACAAAUGCUUGACCAAGGAUUCGUCGCGGGCCUCGGCCAUCUUCGUUCCAUUUUACGCCGGUCUCGACGUCGGGCGGCACCUCUGGGGGUCCAACACUUCCAUGAGGGACUCCACUUCUAUGGAUUUGGCGAAGUGGCUGGCGAGCAGACCCGAGUGGAAAUCCAUGGGAGGCAGAGACCAUUUCUUGGUUGCGGGAAGAAUCUCGUGGGAUUUCGGCAGAAUAUCAGAUGAAGAUUCUUCGUGGGGCAACAAACUCCUCAUCUUGCGGGAAUCCAAGAACAUGACAAUUCUGGUAAUAGAAUCAAGCCCUUGGAGCAAAAACGAUUUUGCAAUCCCGUACCCAACUUACUUCCAUCCCUCGAGCGACAGAGAGGUGUUCCAAUGGCAAAACAGAAUGAGGAAGCAAAAGAGGCGUGUCCUAUUUUCCUUCGUGGGCGGGGCGAGGCCGAACCUCAAAGGGUCUAUUCGGGGAGAGAUCAUUGAGCAGUGCCAGGCUUCAAGGAGGAAAUGCAAGUUGCUGGGAUGCAAUCCCGCAUCGAACAAGUGCCAGAACCCCGUGAACGUGAUGAAAACGUUUCAGAGCUCUGUUUUCUGUCUUCAGCCUUCAGGGGAUUCCUACACUCGGCGGUCGAUGUUCGAUUCGAUCCUCGCCGGCUGCAUUCCGGUGUUCUUCCACCCGGCUUCGGCUUACGUGCAGUACCUGUGGCAUCUGCCGAAGAAUUACACGAAGUACUCUGUGUUCAUAUCAGAAAAUGAUGUGAAGGAGGGGAAGGUGGGGAUCGAGCAGGUGCUGCGGCGGAUUCGGAGGGAGGAGGUGCAGGCCAUGAGGGAGGAGGUGAUUCGGAUGAUUCCCAGGAUGGUGUACGCAGAUCCCAGGUCUACACUGCAGAGUCUGGAGGAUGCAUUUGAUUUAACCAUGAAAGGGGUUCUGGGGAGAGUCGAGAGGUUGAGGAAGGAGAUGAAGGAGGGAAGGGAUUCCAGUGGUGAGUAUGCAGAGGGAGAGAGUUGGAAGUACGAGUUGUGUGGGAAUGUUAGAGCGCAUGAAUGGGAUCCUUUCUUCUCAAAACCAAACCGUUCUCCCUCCUGGUGAGAACAGAGCAAAGAGAAAAAUAAGAACACAAUUUUUUUUUUAUUUUUUUUUUGGCCUUGUAAUUUUAGUUUUGUAUAGUUGUUCAUCUAAAAACACAGAGCUUCAUUCAUGAGAUUAUUUUUAUUCUUGUUA